AUGCGGCCGCCGGCCCCGGCCCCCUGCCCCGCGCGCCCCCGGGGGAACCCCUGGAGGAGCCUCCUGCCGCUCGCCCUGGCGCUCUUCGCGGGCGUGGGGCGCGCUCAGAGGGACCCGGCGGGACGAUUCGCGCCGGUCGGCAGGGACGCGAGCCGGCUGUGGCGCCCGGGGGGCGGCCACCACGCCGCGGCCGCAGCCAAGGUGUACAGUCUGUUCCGGGAGCAGGACGCGCCCGGCCCGGGCUCACCGCCCUCGGAGCCGGCCCAGCCCGCCUGGGGGAGCCCCUGGAGGCCCGCCGAGACCCAGGCCAGGAGGCCGCCCCGAGCGCAGCAGCCGCCGCGGGCCCGGCCACCUGCGCAGCCCGGGAGGAGCGGCCGCCGGGGCCAGCCGCAGCCCGCAGCCCGGGCGAGGGCGGCCGCGGCUCCCCCGCGCCUCUGGACCCCGCAGCGACCCCGGGCUGCGCCCCCGACCCCGCCACGAGGGCGGCCCACGGGGAGGAACGUCUGCGGGGGAAAGUGCUGCCCGGGAUGGACAACAGCAAACAGCACCAACCACUGCAUCAAACCUGUGUGCCAGCCGCCGUGCCAGAACAGGGGCUCCUGCAGCCGGCCCCAGCUCUGUGUGUGUCGCUCUGGCUUCCGCGGAGCCCGCUGUGAGGAGGUCAUCCCUGAGGAGGAAUUUGACCCCCAAAACUCGAGGCCAGCUCCCCGACGCUCAGCCGAGGGUUCGCACAACUUGCGCAGAAGCAGCGCAGCCAGAGAAAGCACAACGGCCAGAGCACGGCCACUGACACCACAGCUGCCACCAGCCAGGAGCCCGAGCGAGCUCAGCCAGACCCGCCCCUCCCAGCAGCGCGUGGGGCUGUCCCGGACCGUCAGGCUUUACCCGGCCACCGCAGCCAAUGGCCAGCUGACUUCCAACGCCCUGCCCGCGGGACCAGGCCUUGAGCGGAGGGAUGGUGCCCAGCAGGCAGCAUAUCUGGACCACCUGUCACCCCCCUGGGGGCUGAACCUCACGGAGAAAAUCAAGAAGAUCAAGAUCAUCUUCACUCCUACCAUCUGCAAGCAGACCUGUGCCUAUGGGCACUGUGCCAACAGCUGUGAGCGUGGCGACACCACCACCCUGUACAGCCAGGGCGGCCACGGGCACGACCCCAAGUCUGGCUUCCGCAUCUAUUUCUGCCAGAUCCCCUGCCUGAACGGAGGCCGCUGCAUCGGCAGGGACGAGUGCUGGUGCCCCUCCAACUCCACCGGCAAGUUCUGUCACUUGCCCGCCCCAAGGCUGGACAGGGAGUUUGGGGAGAGGGGCUCCCGCCACCGGGCGCUGCCGGAGGGCCCCUUGAGGCAGUCCACCUUCACAUUGCCGCUCUCCAACCAGCUGGCCUCCGUGAACCCCUCCUUGGUGAAGGUGCACAUCCACCACCCGCCCGAGGCCUCCGUGCAGGUGCACCAGGUGGCGCGGGUGCGGGGCGAGGCCGAGGAGGCCCCGGAGGAGAACAGCGUGGAGACCAGACCUGGGCCCCGGCUCCCCACCAGCCCUGGCCAUGGCCACUGGGACAGCAACAGCAUCCCCGCGCGGCACGGAGAGGCCCCUCGGCCGCUGCCCCCGGCGGCACCCAGGCCUCGGGGGCUGCUGGGCCGGUGUUACCUGAGCAGUGUGAACGGCCAGUGUGCCAACCCCCUGCUGGAGCUGACUACCCAAGAAGAUUGCUGUGGCAGUGUGGGGGCCUUCUGGGGGGUGACCUUGUGUGCCCCCUGCCCGCCCAGACCAGCCUCUCCUGUGAUUGAAAAUGGCCAGCUGGAGUGUCCCCAGGGGUACAAGAGACUCAACCUCACUCACUGCCAAGAUAUCAACGAGUGCCUGACCCUGGGCCUGUGCCGGGACGCGGAGUGCGUGAACACCAGGGGCAGCUACCUGUGCACCUGCAGGCCUGGCCUCAUGCUGGAUCCGUCCAGGAGUCGCUGCGUGUCGGACAAGGCUGUCUCCAUGCAGCAGGGGCUGUGCUACCGGUCACUGGGGCCAGGCACCUGCGACCUGCCUCUGACCCAGAGGAUCACCAAGCAGAUAUGCUGCUGCAGCCGAGUGGGCAAAGCAUGGGGCAGCAAGUGUGAGAAAUGCCCGCUGCCUGGCACAGAGGCCUUCAGAGAGAUCUGCCCUGCCGGCCAUGGCUACACCUACUCGAGCUCAGACAUCCGCCUGACCAUGAGGAAAGCCGAGGAGGAGGAGCUGGCCAGGCCCUCGGGGGAGCAAGGGCAGAAGACCAGUGGGACCCAGUCCAGACCAGCAGAGAGGCAGCCACUCCGGGCGGCCACCAGCACCUGGCUGGAGGCUGGGACCAUUCCUGACAAGGGUGAUUCUCAGGCUGGCCAGGUCACAACCAACGUUACUCAAGUCCCUGCCUGGGCCCCAGGAGAUGCCACAGGAAUACCAACGCCACCACUGCCUGGACAGGGGAGUCUAGAGACCCCAGAAGAAGAGCAAGUGACCACCCCCACCGACGUGCUGGUGACCCUGGGCCCCCCAGAUAUUGACAGAUGUGCCGCUGGAGCCACCAACAUCUGUGGCCCCGGCACCUGUGUGAGCCUGCCAGAUGGAUACAGAUGCGUCUGCAGCCCCGGCUUCCGGCUGCACCCCAGCCAGACCCACUGCACAGAUGACAACGAGUGUCUGAGGGACCCCUGCCUGGGAAAAGGGCGCUGUGUCAACCACGUGGGCUCCUACUCCUGCCUCUGCUACCCUGGCUACACGCCGGCCACCUCGGGGACCACGCAGGAAUGCCAAGACAUAGAUGAGUGUGAGCAGCCAGCGGUGUGCCGUCACGGGCGGUGCACCAACACGGAGGGCUCCUACCACUGCCAGUGUGAUCAGGGCUACAUCAUGGUCAGGAAGGGACACUGCCAAGAUAUCGACGAAUGCCGUCACCCCGGCACCUGCCCCGAUGGGAGAUGUGUCAACUCCCCCGGCUCCUACAGCUGCCUGGCCUGCGCGGAGGGCUACAGGGGCCUGAGCGGGAGCUGUGUAGAUGUGAACGAGUGUCUGACCCCUGGGGUCUGCGCCCACGGGAGGUGCUACAACCUGGAGGGCUCCUUCAGAUGCUCCUGUGAGCAGGGCUACGAGGUCGCCUCCGAUGGGAAGAGUUGCCAAGAUGUCAACGAGUGUGCCAGCCGGGCCUCGUGCCCCACAGGGCUCUGCCUCAACACCGAGGGCUCCUUCGCCUGCUCAGCCUGCGAGAGUGGCUACUGGGUGAAUGAAGAAGGCACUGCCUGUGAAGACCUAGAUGAGUGUGCCUUCCCGGGAGUCUGCCCCUCAGGAGUCUGCACCAACACUGCCGGCUCCUUCUCCUGCAGGGACUGUGGCCGGGGCUUCCGGCCCAGCCCCCAGGGCCACACCUGCGAAGACGUGGAUGAGUGUGAAGACCUCCAGAGCAACUGCCAGGGAGGCGAGUGCAAGAACACGGCGGGCUCCUACCAGUGUCUCUGCUCCCCGGGCUUCCAGCUGGCCAAUGGCACUGCGUGUGUGGACGUGGACGAGUGUGUGGGAGAGGAGUACUGCGCACCCCACGGCGAGUGCCUCAACAGCCACGGGUCCUUCUUCUGUCUCUGUGCCCCAGGCUUUGUUAGCGCCGACGGAGGCACCCGCUGCCAGGAUGUGGACGAGUGCGCAGUCACAGACCAGUGUCUGGGAGGGCACUGUGUCAACACCGAGGGCUCCUUCGACUGUCUGUGCGAGACUGGCUUCCAGCCCGCCCCCGAGAGUGGGGAGUGUGUGGACAUUGAUGAGUGCGAGGACCACGGAGACCCGGUGUGUGGGGCCUGGCGGUGUGAGAAUAACCCUGGCUCCUACCGCUGUGUCCAGGGCUGCCAACCCGGCUUCCAUUUGGCCCCCUCCGGAGACUGCAUAGACAUAGACGAGUGUGCCAACGACACGGUGUGCGGGAGCCACGGCUUCUGCGACAACACGGAGGGCUCCUUCCGCUGCCUCUGCGACCAGGGCUUCCAGGCCUCGUCCUCCGGCUGGGACUGCGUGGACGUGAACGAGUGUGAGCUCAUGCUGGCCGUGUGCGGGGCAGCCCUCUGUGAGAACGUGGAGGGCUCCUUCCUGUGCCUCUGCGCCAGCGACCUGGAGGAGUACGACGCUCAGGAGGGGCACUGCCGCCCGCGGGGGGCUGCAGGUCAGAGCAUCCCCGAGGCCCCGCCUGGGGACCACCUCUCAGGCCCCGUCCGCAGGGAAUGCUACUCUGGGCACCAAGACCAGCCGCCCUGCUCCCGCCUCCUGGGCCGGAACACCACGCAGGCCGAGUGCUGCUGCACCCAGGGAGCCAGCUGGGGAGACGCCUGUGACCCCUGCCCAGCCGAGGACUCAGUCGAAUUCAGCGAGAUCUGCCCCAGUGGUAAAGGCUACGUCCCCGUGGAAGGAGCUUGGAUGUUCGGACAGACUACGUACACAGAUGCUGAUGAGUGUGUGAUGUUCAGGCCUGGUCUCUGCCAGAACGGCCGGUGCCUCAACACGGUUCCCGGCUACAUCUGCCUGUGCAAUCCUGGCUACCACUACGAUGCCAGCCGCAGGAAGUGUGAGGAUCACGACGAGUGCCAGGACAUGGCCUGUGAGAACGGCGAGUGCGUGAACACGGAGGGCUCUUUCCACUGCUUCUGCAGCCCGCCCCUCACCCUGGACCUCAGCGGGCAGCGCUGCGUGAACAGCACCGGCGGCGCGGAGGACCUGCCUGACCACGACAUCCACAUGGACGUCUGCUGGAAAAAAGUCACCAAUUACGUGUGCAGCCAACCCCUGCACGGGCGCCGCACCACCUACACGGAAUGCUGCUGCCAGGAUGGCGAGGCCUGGAGCCAGCAGUGCGCUCUGUGCCCCCCCACGAGCUCUGAGGUCUAUGCUCAGCUGUGCAACGUGGCCCGGAUCGAAGCAGAGCGGGAGGCUGGGGUCCACUUCCGACCAGGCUAUGAGUAUGGCCCUGGGUCCGAGGACCUACACUACAGCCUCUACGGCCCAGAUGGGGCCCCCUUCUACAACUACCUGGGCCCCGAGGACGCCAUCCCCGAACCACCCUUCCCCAACACAGCCAGCCACCCAGGAGGCCGUGUACCAGGCCCUGAGUCUCCCCUGCAGCCCUCAGCACUCCAGCCCCACUACGUGGCCAGCCACCCAGAACUCCAGGCUGGCUUCGAAGGGCUUCAGGCCGAGGAGUGUGGCAUCCUGAACGGCUGUGAGAAUGGACGCUGUGUGCGCGUGCGGGAGGGCUACACCUGCGACUGCUUCGAGGGCUUCCAGCUGGACAUGGCCCACAUGGCCUGUGUGGAUGUGAAUGAGUGUGAUGACUUGAACGGGCCUGCUGCACUCUGUGCCCAUGGUCACUGCGAGAACACGGAGGGCUCCUACCGCUGCCACUGCUCCCCAGGUUACGUGGCCGAGGCAGGGCCCCCCCACUGCACUGCCAAGGAGUAG